AUGUCAAAUAUGGAAAAAUUCGGCUCUGCCAGCCAGGCAGUCAGUGCUGAUCAAGCCCUGGCAAACCUUGGGUACAAGAACGAACUCAAGAGGACUCUAUCUAUAUGGACUAUUUUGGGACUAUCUGUAGCUAUCAUGGGUGUCCCCUUCGGCCUGUCAACAACUCUUUACAUUACCCUCGUCAACGGCCAGUCCGUCACUGUUCUCUGGGGCUGGGUCUUCGUAACACUAUGCUCCAUCUGCAUCGCCGCCUCCCUAGCGGAAAUCUGCGCUGUAUAUCCUACCGCUGGAGGACCCUACUUUUGGUCUGCGAUGGUAUCGACUAGGAAAUACGCGCCCAUAGCGUCCUGGAUCACAGGAUGGUUGAACCUCGUGGGAAACUUUCUGGUCACGACGAGCAUCAACUUCUCAGGCGCGCAGAUCGUACUAUCAAUAGCUUCUCUGUUCCACGAAGAAUACGUUGCUACGCCUUGGCAGACUGUCCUCGCGUUUUGGGCGUUUACAAUCCUUGCUGUGGCGGUUAAUGUAUUUGGGACAAGAUAUCUUAGCGCUAUCAACGUUGGCGCUAUGAUAUGGACUGCUGUUUCGGUCGGAGUCUUUAUGAUUGUUCUUCUGGUUAUGGCCAAGGCGAGAAGAUCUGCUGGUUUUGUUUUUACGCACUAUGAUGCUUCGGCGAGUGGUUGGCCGACGGGCUGGUCGUUCUUCGUUGGCCUACUUCAAGGCGGUUACGUGAUGCUCGGAUAUGGCCUCAUCGCAUCUCUCUGUGAAGAGGUCGAGAAUCCACAUCUCGAAGUCCCUCGUGCUAUGGUAAUCUCCGUUGUCGUCUCUGGAUUCGUUGGUCUGGGAUUUCUCAUUCCCGUGCUGUUUACUCUUCCUGACGUCGCUACUCUUCUGGCCGUUACGAGUAACCAGCCAAUUGGCACCAUGUUCAGGAUGGUCACGGGCUCAAACGCUGCCGCUGUCAUACUGCUUGUAUUCAUCAUUGGAAUCUUUCUAUUUGCUAGUAUUGGAGCGUUCACAGCCGCAAGUCGUUACACGUACGCUUUUGCUCGCGAUGGAGCUAUUCCAGGUCAUCUUAUCUGGUCUCGCAUGAACAAGCAGCUCGAGAUGCCACUGAUGGCCAUGAUUCUCAAUGUCGUUGUGAGCAUGCUUCUCGGCCUUAUCUACUUUGGAUCAUCAGCAGCCUUCAAUUCUUUCACGGGAACUGCCACCAUCUGCCUUUCAACAUCAUACGCUACACCCAUCCUUGCGUCCCUCAUCCGAUCCCGAAAACCAGUUCACGGAUCAGCAUUCUCCUUACGCUCGUGGGGCUUCCUGAUCAAUGGCAUCUCGGUUUCAUGGAUAUUCUUCUCCAUCAUUCUGUUCUGUAUGCCCGUCACUCUACCUGUGACCGCAAGUUCGAUGAAUUACUCCAGCGUUGUUUUCAUGGGCUUUGGAUCUGUGAGUGUUGUAUGGUACAUCAUCUACGGAAGGAAACACUAUAGAGGCCCUGUAGCUAGUAUGGAGGAAGAUUAUCUCCCUGGUGUCGUGGUUGAAAGUCCUGGUCAUGAGGAAGAGAUGGAAACCAUUAAGAAGCUUUGAUUGUAUCGGUCGGUAAUUAAACUGGUUCUAUCUAGCAUAUGUACGGAAGUGCCAAAAUUUAUCCACUGUCCCCUGUUGCUUGACAGGCUAUGAAGAGACCAGUAUUUAACCCAAUGAGUUUACUUUGGACAACAUUCGAGUUUA